AGCUCCACCCAGUGGACGUCAGAGGAACAGCACUUCACCUGUAGCGAAAAUCUCGAUCCUGUAAACAUUUCCUGCUGCCUCAACAGGUGGAAAGUUUAACACCCGCGGCUUCCUUUCCUUUAACAUGCGUUUUAUGUUAAGUGUAGAGUUUGUUCCGUAUUAUUGACUCUAAAAACCAGGCCGGAGUGUGUCAGUGCGUUCACUUCUCUUCUUCGCUUGUUCUCGUGUCGCCGUAAACUCCGACCGUAUCAGGAAGUCCGGGGGUUUUGGAGACAGAAACCUGAAUGAACGUUCGGCGGAGCAACUUUUGACGAUAAAUAAUGAUAAGGCACGCAUUUUGACGCCCUAUAACCAAGUAGUUAAAGCGGUUUACUUCACUGCUGCUAUCUUAUCAACGUAAAUCAGUGAACAGUCCUCGCUCGGAACACCUUGAGUGACUCUUCGAGGGUGAGGGGAUGGAUGUUCCUCAUCUCACAGAAGAUGAAAUGGCAGAGAUUAAAAAAGACGUGAGUAUUAUACUUCAGGGUAACUUUGCCCCGUAAAAAGGUCAUCUCUGUGGUAAUGUUGGCGUACGUUUAGAAAUAUGGGUUAUGUGGGCCUAUAUCUUUGUUGACACGUUUGGUUAUUUGUUCCUUGUUUGACGGUAGAGGCCUGUAGAAGAGGGAAAUACCCCACCCCACUUCUCGGUGGCCAUAGGGAUUUUAAACUCAGCAAUUUUAAGCAAACUGGAGGUUUACUUCUCUUUUUGUAAAGAUAAAAGGAGGUGGGCUCAGUUUUAACUAAUAAAAGCAACACCAGAGGCAAAUAAAGCUGAAGGACUGAGAUCUGAGGGCAGAGCCGGCACAAGCCUCAAUGGGGCCCUAAGCAAAAUUUGAUUUGGGGGCCCCUUUAUUUCUGCCAGUAAUAUUGAUUGUUGAUCACUCACACACCUUCACAAAUCUCUUUUGAUUAACAUUCCCUGACAUGCAAACAGACCUUUAUCUUGGUGUUUUUUCUCUUCUUCCUCUUUCUUUUCUCUUUCUCUCCCAACAUUAUUUUGCCCCACAACUACCUGCGCUUUGGAUGCUCAGCACACAUUGCACAGCAGAAGGCACAUAACUGUAGUGGAGCUUUGACAUAUCGGUAGUAAGAAUCAUAGGCCUACAUCAGCAGCAGCACUAAAAUAUUUUACGCAUCACUCAUACAUGUAAAAAAAAAAGGAAAAAUAUAUUGAAUUUUAAUUUGCUCUUGGGGGCCCCCUAUUGGCAGCAGGCCUUAAGCAGGCGCUUAGCUCGCUAAUGCCUUGGGCCGGCUCUGUCUGAAGGGCAGGUCAUUCCAGGUUAUACAUUGUAGUUCUGAACACCUGUUUGUUACUUUUUUCCCCCCAUUUUAUGAAUUAAUAAUACAGCUCCCUUUUAGCAGAACUAGAUUUGAACAAAGGCAAAAAGGAAGACUUGUCUAUGAACAGACAACAACAUAAAAUAUAUAAACCUUUAGCUGCAGUUUUCAAAGUUUACCCCUCAUGUUUCUCCCCUAAUGCUGUUGAUGUCCAGGUGCUGACAAGGCUGCGGCACUACCUCUGCGACAAAAUCAGAGCUGAACGCCACCUCGACUACCUGCGCGCCCGCAGGAUCUUGACUAGAGAUGAUGCGGAGGAAAUCAGCUGCAGGACCACGCAGACCAAGAGGACGGCAAUGUUGUUAGACAUACUAGCUGAGAAUCCCAGGGGUCUGGAUGCCUUGACCGACUCCAUAAGGGAGAUGCGUUCGCAAAACUUCAUCAUCACCAAAAUCACAGAUGAGGUACAAAAGGCUAAGAAUGAGAAGAUCGAGUCUCUCAGAGGUUAGUAUGCUUGGUCUCAGUAGAACCUUUGUUUUCAACUUGUGCUCUGGUUGCUUUAACUCAACUGUCCUUCAACUUUGCAGCUUCUAGUUCUUCCACCGACAGCGGUCUCAGCAUCCCGAGCAAAACCAGCGACCUUCCCGUGUCGUUUUCAAACAACUCCACCAUGCUGUUCCACCCUGACGGAGAACAAAGCUGCUCCACGUCAGAUGUGUCAGCCUCAAUCCACCUGCCAUUUCUAAAGGAAAGCUGUGACUUGCCUGCGGGAGCUUGUGCUAGCAUUGCAGUAGUUUCCUCCACCACCUCCUCCUCCAGCCUCCCAAAACCCGGAGACCCCGGAGCUCCUCCUCUACCAGACGACGUGAUGGUUGAAUCCCCCUCUAACAUUGAUACUGGAGCACAAGGAUGCACCAGCACUGGAGGGGACCCAAACUUUCAGCCUCUCCGGUCACGCUCUCUCACUCCAACAUCACACCGGAGCAACUUUUAAUUCAAUGUCUUAAAGAGACAGUUUACAUGCAGUUACACUGUCAAAACAAGCAUUAUCUACUCUACAACGCGGGUCUCACUGUUUCUCAUUGUGGUUUUUUCUUUGACAGACAGUUAUCAAGGGUUUCUUGUACAUGAAAUAUGCAACUCUUGUUAAAAAAACUGGAACUAUUAAAUUUAGCGACUAAUUGAUGGAGGAAAAUAAGGGCUAACUGUCUUGAUAAUCAAAAAAGUUUUACGUGAGCUCCAGUUUUUUAAAUAUGAGUAUUUACUGCUUGACUUUGUUACACAGGAUAGUAAAUAAGAAGUUUGGGGGUUUUGAAGUGCUUGAACAGAAGAGAAAAUAUGAAAAAGUCGCCUUGAAAUCGGCAAAAAAAUUCACAUUCGUUGACACGUUAUAGACUAAAUUAUUACACUAAAAAACAAUGAAAAGUGUACUCACUAAUGAAGAUUAUUAUUGGAUGAAAUGCAAAAAAAGCAGCUUAUUUCUGUAUGUUGGGUACAACUGUGAUGUCAGUAACUGAGUUUGAAUAUAAACGAAAACUAUUCCUCAGCAAAUACACAGAAUAAUUUCCUCCACUUCAUCCGAAAAAAGGAGACACAUUUCACACAUUCAAAAAUCUUAAAUAUAAAGAGAUUUACAAAAGUUUAAAGGGGAAACUUCAUGAUUAAGAAAGCCUACAAUGCUAUACUUCAAAGUUUCUAACACAUAUCAAUACAUACUGGGCUGUUUUUCUUAAAGUAUUGAAGUUUAUUAUCCAUCUCAUCUUUUUUACUCCUUUUCUUUUAUUGGUUGUGUGAUUUCUUUAUAAACUGUGUUGUUCACUUCAGGUGCUGCGACUAAGUCUUACCCACUGGAACGUUUGUUAGAACUUCUAAAAUCUGUCAGAUGCUGCCUUUUUUGUUUGUCUGAAGGAUGUACCUUCAAGUGAUGAUUGCUGCUUCGUGUCUCUGCAGCUGCAGGCCAGUACGAUGUUGCCUCGACAGGUUGGUCACUACAGAAGUCUUGAAUGAGAUAAAAUCGUGUGAAACAUGAACUUUAUCCUGCUUAUGGUACUCUUGUUGUGUUCAAUAAUCACUCACAAACUAAAGGUUUCCAUAUGAACUCAA